UGGUCUUGUUGGGGUCACUUGUGUGUUCCCUAUUGACCUAGUGAAGACUCGACUCCAGAACCAGAGACAAGGUCAACAGGUCUACAAGAACAUGAUGGAUUGUCUAAUCAAAACAGUUCGAACUGAGGGGUACUUUGGCAUGUACAGAGGUAAGAUUCAUCCUAUAUUGAGUGUUUCAGUAUGUGUCUCAUGCUAACAAGAAGUGACAUUGAGCUAUAGUAGUCUAUGGCUUCUUCUGCUUUUACAUUUAAGCUGUGCUUAAAUCCACUUGCCUGUGGUUUAUGACUACAGAACUGGUUUAUGCUAUUCUACAGUUUAAAAAAAAAAAUAAUAAAAAAAGAAAAACACUGUGGUUAAGAUGGAUCUAUGUACCGAGUAUGCAUGUAGCUAAUGUAGACACAAGCCAAAAUGUCCACAAUUGUACAGUGGCUACCAAGUUUAUUUGCUGCACUUGAUUACCAGUUAAAUUGUAGACUUUUUAAUCAUCUACAACACAUCCUAUUGGAUUUUUUUUUUUUAACAUGGUAGUUCUGCAGUGCUUGAGGUAGCAAAACUUUGAGCAUAACAGCCCAUGUUUGUAUUGGGUUGCCGCUUUUGUGAGGAAUGCUGUUUGUUUGCAUCUGUGUUUUUUCAUGUUACAGACAUGGGUCCCCCCUGGGAUAGUGAAGGCUAGCCGAUUAAGGCGCAGCCACGCUGGAGGUGCUGCGGUGAAUCUUGCUCUUGUCACACCUGAAAAGGCCAUCAAGCUGGCAGCCAAUGACUUCUUUCGUCAGCACCUUUCCAAGGAUGGGAAGGGCUUGUCUGUGUUCAAAGAAAUGUUAGCAGGCUGUGGUGCGGGCAUGUGCCAAGUCAUCAUUACUACUCCUAUGGAGAUGCUGAAAAUUCAGCUACAAGAUGCUGGGAGAUUAGCUGCUCAGCAGAGAAUGCCUGGUAUCCUGGCUGCCACCAAGCUGGCUCAGACAAACCCUGUGCUGAGCCGCUCCUAUAACGCAGUGCCGAGUUCUGCUCGCCAAACCAUCUCUGCAACACAGAUCGCCAAAGAGCUGCUGCACACAGAGGGAAUCCAAGGUCUAUACAAAGGGCUAGGAGCAACACUCAUGAGAGAUGUGCCCUUCUCCAUUGUCUACUUUCCUCUUUUUGCUAACAUUAACCGUUUGGGUAAGUGCUCUGAAGAUGAUGUGGCACCAUUCUAUUGGUCGUUCAUGGCUGGCUGUAUAGCUGGUUCGACUGCUGCAGUGGCGGUUAACCCAUGUGAUGUGGUGAAAACCAGGCUUCAGUCCUUGAGCAAAGGUGCUAAUGAGGAGACCUACAAUGGAGUUCUUGACUGUGUGAGUAAGAUCAUGAAGAAAGAAGGACCAUUCGCUUUCCUGAAGGGGGCAGGCUGCAGGGCGCUGGUCAUUGCUCCUCUUUUUGGCAUUGCUCAAGUUAUGUAUUUUGUUGGAGUUGGUGAAUACAUUCUGAGUCAGAGAGCAUUUAAUGUCCUGUCUCCUUAAGCAAGUCUCCAGAACUGCCUCGACUGAACCUGCAUUGGGGACAUGAGACGUGCACAAUCAAAUAUACAGAUUAGUUAGAUCGACAGCUUUGCUGUCGUUUUGUUUCCUUAGCUGGUUUCUGGCUGUUGCACUUCCUGUUUGGUUUGCUCACUCAUGAGUGGAUGUGACCAACAUUAUGCACUUGUGGGUAAGGGAUUCUUCAGGUGUGGGUGAGAGAGAGAGAGAGAGAGAGAUGGUGCUCUACAUCCUUCUAGAAGGAUCUGCAAGCAUUUCCCCUCAGUGAGGGAUGAUGGUGUCACUAAUUAGGCACUAAGAUCAACAUGAAUUUUUUUUGUGUGUAGUGUCUGUCAGUCAUCUAUUUUUGUGUUUUGCUAAUAAUUACUAAUUAUUAGUAUUUUGUUUUUCGUUUUUUCCCCCCCAUUCUGUUGAUGGUUCUGAACUACCCAGGAUUGUGGGCAAAAGGGGUUUGGUGCCACAAGCCAUUUUGAACAGUAAAUUUAUAUAAUGUAAAAAAAAAAAAA